UCAACACCAGAAUUACAUAGCGUAAUCCAAAACAACAAUAACAACAACUCAUCCCAUUAUGUGAUAACAACGCCCCGGGUAUGGAUGUCGGCCGAGGAGUCGGUAUGUCUGGUACUGUUCAAAGACCUGUCACUGACAGACACCCGGAGCGGACAACCCAUGAUCGACGUUAAGAUCGUGUCGAUUAACAAAAGGGAUUUGUUUGCUCAUAAAGUGCUGCCAUUGAGCUCAUCAUCCUCUCAAUGCGUGAAAAUACCAAUCAAUACAAUCCGGGCGGACAGGGCUUUGGUCGCUGUGACAGUAGGCGCCGAUUUAAUCCGACAGGAGAUUGACAUCAGGGUAAAGCCGGCACCGGGACUGACCCUGAUCGAAACAAGUAAACCGGCUUAUAGGCCUGGUGAAAAGUUGCAAUUCCGCGUGAUCACCAUGAGCGAUUGGCUCCGGCCGAUUGACCAAGUGUUGCCGGUGGUGUCGGUGAUUAAUAGUAGAAAUAUGCCGGUAAUGCAGUGGACAAAUGUCCCGGUGAAAGACGGUAUGGUCGGGUUGGAGGUGCCGUUGGCCGCCGAUAAUUAUCACGGUUUUUGGCGGAUUAGCGUUGUGGGUGAUCAUGGUGCGGUCACCGAGAAAAUGUUUAAGCUCAUCGAUUAUGAAACACCAUCCAUCAUAAUCACGAUCGACUCGCCCGACUAUAUCCGGUCGACGGACACCUUCUCGGCGUAUAAGGUGUGCGUACGGGACAGCUAUGGCCAGCCCAUGAAGGGUCAGGUGCGGGCGUUUGCCGGCUAUUUCAAGUACGACUGGGGCCGGGAGCGGCUGCUCAGGCAACUAAUCCAACGCUCGGCCAACUCACUCAUGGAUAUCCCGAUUAAUGGCUGCCACGAAAUGUUGCUAAACGGCACAGCCCUUCAAUGGUCAGCCCCGGAGCACAUCCAACAGCAACAGGUGCUUAAGCUCAGCGUCCAAUACACCGACGAGACUACCGGCGCUGUCGAGCAAUCGUACGCCGAGAUACCCAUCGCCACCCGCGACCUGAUGCUCACCUAUCCGUCCCAACGCCUCCAGAAACAGCACUUUAAGCCGGGAAUGCCCUACUUUGGGCACAUCCUAGCCCUACGCCCGGACUACUCGCCAGCCCCGGCGGGCGAGCCCAUCACCCUGUGCUACCAGGCCCGGGAAGUGCCCUGGGUCGCUGGCAAAGAGUUUGUAUGCAAACCGAUGAUGGUAGAUAGGGAUAGCGCCGGUAUGAUUGAGUUUACGGUACCGCCGAUGAGCGACAGAGUACGACAGGUGCUGGUGUGGGCCAAGUCGGUCAACUACCCGGCCAUCGAGGCCCGUAUGAUGUUGGAGCCCGCGUACAGCCCCAGCGGCCAGUAUAUGGAGAUAAAGCCCGUGAUUAAUGUGGAGAAUUGCGCCGAUUCUGUGAUGUUUGACGUGUUGUUCAAUAAGAAGAUUAUGAUGACUGACGCACAGACUGUGCCCAAAGUGUUUUACCAGAUCAUGGGCGAUGGUAUGAUCAAAGAGGCCGAGCACUACCCGUUCACGGCAUUCAAACAAUGGUCGGGUGCCGACGACAAGCGUAUGAUAAUCAACGGCACAAUGAUGUCUACCUCGAUGUCGAUGGACAGUCCGAUUAUCUCAAAGACCAAGGUCAUACUGACAAUGCCGGCCCGCCAGUCAGCCCUGGGCUACAAUCGGCUGACCCGAGUGAUGAUGUACUACAUGGACAGUGCGGGCGCUCUCGUAGCCGAUUCGGCCGCCUUUUUGACCACCUGUACCGACCGGCAACAGCAGCGCACCAGGAUUAGUUUGGUUAAAAGUGCACCUGAUAAUACCGGCGCUCAUACCAUGAGCAUGAGGGUGAUGUCCGUGCCAAAUGCCACCUGCUCGACCCGUGUGUCCCGUCAUAAACCCGUGUAUACCCUGAAGAAAGUCAACGAGUUUAUUGCCAGGUUUGACGUGCGGCAACAGUUUGCCCCGAUGGAUAAAUGUAGACAAUUGUAUAUUCAGAAAAUGAUCAAGGACCAACAGGCCGUAGCCACAGCUCCAUACGGUGCCGAACAGGUGACCGCGAUGAAUGGCGAAACGAUCAUGAUGAAUAUGGCUAAUAAAUACUGGCCAAUCGUCGACUAUGGCGACGCUAUGAACGCGUUCACCGACAUGGGUCUGGCGGUGACCGGCGACGGACACCUCGACGACAGCCCAUGCGAUUGGGAUAUGUAUGGCGCGGAUGUGUUGUCCCAAUUGACACAAUUGAGAGACACGCAAGUGAAGGCACUUAUUGGCCAACAAAUGCCACCCUAUGUGCCAAUCAUGUCCAGCAAAAUGUUCCCGAUGAUGCAAAUGCAGGAAAUGGAGCGAUCAUUUUUAAACGAGGUGCUGGACUGGGGUGUGAUCAGCAGCGCCGCGAUGAACACCGGUAGUAUUGACCGGCAGAUCGACCACCAAAUGCUGUACACAUCGGACAAACUAUACGCCGACACCGUAUGCCUACACAAAGACACUGGCAUUCAAUACGCCAGUAAUGUGCUGGACAUCAGUGGUGGUCAACACCAACCGAGACAAACCCUGGCCACCCGUGCCAUGACUACUGGCAAUAGUAAACUACCAAUGGUUAAGAUGUCGGUAUUGUCGGCCCCGACUGAGGCCAGGAUUGGCGAUACGAUUGUCUAUAAAAUGGCCGUCAAUAUGAUUGGCGCCGCCGCCGACUGUUGGCCAGUUGAGAUGACUGUCCAGGACUCUGACUAUUACGACAUUAUGAACGCCGAUAGCCAGCAAAAAGUGAUGUGCGUUUGCGGCCAAACAGCUGAUGCCGUACAACAAGCCAUGGAUGUGAUGAUUAAACCCAAGAAAUACGGUACUAUUCAAAUCAAACUGAUGGCCAAAUACCCGACCGACAUCUAUAUGGAUAACAGCUUUAAAUGCGGUCAUUUAAUUGCCAACCAGUCUGACCCCCGGGCGAUGAUACAGGCCUUCCAGCCCCAGAUCAUUGUCCUGCCGCUGGCCAUCAGCCCCGUCGGUAUCGCCACCCAUACCAUUGACCACAAGAUUGUUUGCAAAGACUCGCAGCAAACGAGUGCCUUACCUAUUGCCCCAGGAAUGGAUAACAUGAUCACCCAAAAGACCCUGAUCACAAACAACUUGAUUGAGCCGAUGUACGCCUAUAUUCAAACCAAAAUGUCCGGCCGAGUGCACAACGCCUGGGACGCGCUCACCACCUAUUCGGCCGCCUAUUACCUACAGAAAUACGCCGAUAACUACACUACCGGUGCUGUAGUGAUGGCCAACCCCUGGCCUCACAGCGCGGCAGUGAUUGGCGAGAUGUCCGGCGCCUAUCAGGCGUUGAUGACAUACCGGCGCAACGACGGCUCCUACGGAGGUCACGGCCAUAACGGCCGGCGCACGGCAACUGUCGGCGCCCACUACCAGAUCAUGGGUACAGCCGUUGAUCUGCCCCUAACGGUGGCCGUGUAUAAGGUUUUGGCCCAAUCUCAGCCAUACAUGGCUCUCGUUGAUCACCGGUACGGAGCCCAGGGUCGUCACAACCUGAUGGGCUGGACAGCUGACUGGAUUUACCGCCAACAGGGCCAGGAUGGUUGUUUCCAUUUGAAUAGCACAGGUAUGCCCCGUAGGGCGGGUAACUAUUGGCCGAUGAUGGUCACCGAUGGCGAUGAUUAUCAGCUCACGGCCUAUGUGUUGGCGUCGCUCAUGGAGUCAGGUCUGAACUUUGAUACUAAACCCCUGUAUAAGGCGUACGAUUGUUUGUCGAAGAAUUCCCAGAAGUUUUUGGCAAAUAUUGAUUUUAAGCCAAUGACUGCUGUCCUCUAUAACUAUAUCCAGAUAUUGAGUGGCAAUACAUUAGAGACCGACGUUUGGAUGAAAGCCGUGCGAAAGGCGUUCAAUAAGGCUGACCAGCGGUCACCAAACGGACAGUUGACCUCCAAUUCAGUUGACCAGGAAAUCAUUGAUGAGGUGAUGGCCUCCUAUUUGGCUCUAUCGGCGUAUAUGACCGACAAUAUGGACGGCGCCAAACACUUUGGCCAACGGCUGGCCCGUACGGCCCGCUCGGCCACACUAUGGCGUACACCGAUUGCCACUUACGCUAUCACUAAACUGUGGCCUAUUAUGGAAAAGACCAUGGUGAGUCUGAUUAAUUAA